UAUUGCUAUCGUGGUAUCGAGAACCGGCACACGGUGAACAAUGACUCUUUUCCCAGAUUGUCCCGUUUCACUUUCAAAUUAUAUCAAGCAAUCAUGCUAAAACUCGGCCCGAUAUCCCCUCACCGCCAGCCGCUGGGAUAAAACGGGAUGAUAUUACGUAGGUGGGUAGUACGAUAGUUACUCCAAGAGAUCUCGAGAAGUGUGCAAUUAGCGAUGGAAUAUUUCCUACUGGACCGCGUAGCAUGGGCGAUUUUUCAAGCAAAGGCGGCAAUAUAGCUAUUUCGGUUAGAAUCCCGACUGGUAUGACAUCCCAUCAUGCGAUUCAGGCAUUCUUUAAAGCUCCGACCUCUCUCUCAAUCAUGUACUAGGUAGAUAGUGUUGCUCUUUCGGCUGUCUGGCGAUCGACGUGACCGGGUUACUUCGUGGUACAAUAUCACAACAUCCCCUAGACCACAACACUCAAGUAGAGGAAACAAGCAGCAGCCUUCGAAAGCAGAAAGGCAGAAAGGAUGCAUCUCAAACACCUCCCGUUAGCGGCCCUCUCCCUUGCCGGCGUGGCCUCUUCCCAGGGGGCCUCGGGCUCAGGGCAGACCACGCGCUACUGGGACUGCUGCAAGCCGUCGUGCGCCUGGUCGAUGAAGACGAACAGCGGCAAGCUCAUCGGGACGUGCUCGAAGUCGGACGCCCCGCUCAACGACAACGGCGCCACGCGCUCGGGCUGCGACAACGGCGGCUCGGCGUACAUGUGCUCGAACCAGAGCCCCUGGGCCGUCAGCGAGUCGCUGAGCUACGGCUGGGCCGCCGUGCGCAUCUCCGGGCAGACGGAGACGACCUGGUGCUGCGCCUGCUACGAACUCACGUUCACGAGCGGCCCUGUGGCGGGCAAGAAGAUGAUUGUGCAGGCGAGCAAUACUGGCGGAGACCUGGGACAGAAUCAUUUCGAUCUUGCGAUCCCCGGUGGCGGUGUCGGCCAGUUCAACGCCUGCACGAACCAAUACGGCGCCCCGUCGAACGGCUGGGGCCAACGCUACGGCGGCGUGUCGUCGCGGUCCGAAUGCGACGGCUUCCCUGCUGCCCUCAAGGCGGGCUGCUACUGGCGCUUCGACUGGUUCGGCGGCGCCGACAACCCGGGCGUCACCUUCAAGCAGGUCGCGUGUCCCGCGGCCCUCGUCGCCAAGAGCGGAUGCUCGCGGAACAACGAUGCGAUUAAUGAGACACCUACGGGCUCGAGCAGUGUGAGCACUUGGUUGCCUGGGGCUACUGGGACUGCUUCCUUUUAGGGGCCUGGGGGUGGGAGCCAGGUUGAGAUAGCGGAGGAUGAUAUUGGAAUAUUGUAUCGUAUAUACUAAAAAUAAUGCAACUUAAUGUGCAUUUUUGAAGGUAACUCGUACCGUCCCCUUAAGUUAAGUAGAUGUUAAGCCGACUAUUUCUCAGGGAUUCUUGUUUUCAAGUACGUCAAAUAUCCCCUGCAAAGACGAUAUUAAGAUAGGUACCUAGUCAAUUAUCA